AUGCCUAUAAAUACGAAUAAUUCUAAAAGUAUAGCCCGGUGUUAUGCUGACGUGAAUUCUAAAAUGCCCAAUUCUUAUUGGGAUUAUGAUAACCUUCAAGUUGAAUGGGGAAAUCAAGAUAAUUAUGAAAUUGUUCGUAAAGUAGGACGUGGUAAAUACUCUGAAGUAUUUGAAGGUAUCGACAUUACCAGCAACCAGAAAUGUAUUAUCAAAGCCUUGAAGCCUGUAAAAAAGAAGAAGAUUAAACGUGAAAUCAAGAUUCUUCAGAAUUUAGCAGGUGGAACGAAUAUUGUAGGUCUCUUGGAUAUUGUCCGAGAUCCCAUUUCAAAGACACCAGCUAUUAUUUCUGAGUAUGUUAAUAAUACCGAAUUUAAAAUCCUUUAUCCUCGUUUCACAGUUUAUGAUAUUCAAUAUUAUAUGUAUGAAUUAUUAAAGGCUUUAGAUUACUGCCAUUCAAAAGGUAUUAUGCAUCGUGAUGUAAAACCUCAUAAUGUCAUGAUUGAUCAUGAAAAAAGACAGUUACGUUUAAUUGAUUGGGGAUUAGCAGAAUUCUAUCAUCCGGGAACAGAAUACAAUGUACGUGUCGCUUCAAGAUAUUUUAAAGGACCCGAACUUUUGGUUGAUUUCCAAGAAUACGAUUAUAGUUUAGAUAUGUGGAGUUAUGGCUGUAUGUUUGCCAGCAUGAUUUUCCGUAAAGAGCCCUUCUUCCAUGGCCAUGAUAACUAUGACCAAUUAGUUAAAAUUGCUAGAGUUUUGGGUACAGAUGAAUUGUUUAGAUAUAUUGAAAAGUAUUCCAUUACGCUUGCACCAGAAUACAAUAAUAUUCUUGGUAGACAUUUACGUAAACCUUGGAAUAAGUUUGUGACAAAUGAUAACCAACGCUUUGUUACUGAUGAUUCACUUGAUUUCUUGGAUAAGUUAUUAAGAUAUGAUCACCAAGAAAGAUUAACUGCAAAAGAAGCAAUGGCACAUCCUUAUUUUGGUGAGUAG